CACUUCGGUACUCCGACUCGCCCGAGUGGAAACGUGCAAAGAUUGUAUUAACGUGCAUUCGUUCCGGCGACCUGCUGCGAGUGCGAGAUACGGUCCCCUCUCUAAGCAGCAACCUGUCCUUCGGAGAAAAAAAAGAGAUUUUUGUAUACGUUCAAGGAGAAGUUUGUCCAUCUCUUUCGAUAUUCGUCUCGUGGCCCUGGCUAAGUCGCGUGACUAACGCGAUGAUCUUGGUGUUACUGUAAAGAAUCACGCUGCACUGUUCAUUUUGCGACGAUGGAAGACGAAGGAGCUCGCCAUACUCGGCUCGCCUCGUCACAAUUGCGAGUCUUGACUUGCGGGCGAGGCAGCAGCGAUGGGGCAGCCUUUUCUUAAUUGGCUUUUUAUUCGUUGCCUCUGCGAGCGAGCGAUCUGACUUUACCAUUGUUGCUGCUUAUGAUCACCAUCUCUUCCAGUCCAUUUUCCCAGAUCUUCUUUUUUAUAAAGCCUGGCCCUCUCUCUCUCUCUCUCACCCAUCCUGUCCAACCCGUUUAGAACGUUCAAGCUACCACGCUACAACUUAUCCGAGCUUCCGAGCUCCUGCCUGUGAAAGAACGAUUUUUGCAACAAGGAUCUCUCUCGACUCGCGCGUGCAAUGCCACCGCGUAGACGACGAUCCAAAUCCUGCUCCACUGCCACUGCCACUGCCACUGCCGCUGCUCCUCUUCCGGAUGGAUCUAUCGAGCAAUCCAUCCACCAAAUGCUGAAGUCACCACUCCUGGAAGAGACUCGAUUGCCCUCUUUCGAGCUCGAGGAUUUCCCAGAGUGGUGGCCGGCGGCGGCCACCUCGAGCGAUCAGGGAGCUUCUCCAAUGGCCACAUUCGAAUCCAUGGACGACCCUUUGCUGCAUUUCCCGCAAGAACUCCCCGAGACCCAUUCCACAUUGCAGGGCAUUUGCUCGCCAGCGUCGAGCGUUCUCCCGUGCUUGACAUCGCCAUCCCCGACGCAGUUCGUGGCUCCUCCAGCUCUCCCGCCGGUGGGGAAGGCGGCGGGGGCUGGAUCUAAGCGAAGCAGCCGAAGAACAUUGGCAGCGACUCACGAUCUUGGAGUGGACACCAAGAGCAAAAGCAUCUCGCCGCGCGAGAGCCACAUUCUUUCCGAGAGGCAGCGGAGGAAAGGCAUGAACCAUCUCUUCUCGACGCUGGCAUCGCUCUUACCGGAGACGUGUUCCAAGAGCGAUAAGUCGACCAUCGUCUCCGAGAUCAUCAGCUACAUCCAUCUCCUCCGAAAGGACCUGGAGGAUCUGGACAAGAAACGCUCCGAUGUGUUGAGAAGCGCUUCUCCUCGCGCGGCGAUGGCGAUCAAGGACUCGGGCUCUCCAUCGCCAUCGAUUUGCACCACCACCAAUGACCGCGGCUCCAAGAACGCCGGAGGGGGGGAUGAUCAUCCGGGCAUGAUCCAGCAGCAAUCGCAGCAGGCGUCCAAUGUGAUCCUCAGCGUUUGCGGCAGCGACGCUUUCAUCACCAUGAUCUGCGCCAGCAAGAACAGGAGCGUCUUCUCGAAGGUGUUACUUCUCCUGGACCAUCACAAGUUCCGAGUCCUCGACGCGAACAUCUCCACCAACGCGUCCACGACCUUCCACUACUUCCACGUCAAGGCUUUGAAUUCACAGCUUCCAAAAGAUGCCUUGCAGAGAGACCUCCAGAGCCUGACCGCAUCCGAGACGAAAAAUGAGACAUCGUCUUCGUGAAGACGUGAAACAAGAGCUCGCGGAAAGAGUGUUUUUCUUUUUCUCUCUCUCUUUGUUGAUUUUGGUUGCGAGGAAAGAGAUAAUGUUUGUACCAAUUUUUUCUUCA